UAAUUCAAUGAACCUUUUUAAUUUAUCUAACUUGAUUGAUCAAAACAGGGAUUAUACUCUCUUUUUUUUUUUUUUCUCUGUAAAUUAUCACCAUUAACAAAGAACAUAACAACUCUGCAGCCCAAGAGAUCGCAAUGAAGCUCCUCUAAUGGAGGAUAAACGCGUAAACCUCAUCGCUGCUUCCACAAUCAUUUCUCUUAUAAUCAUUGUAGUUGUUUCUCGAGUCAUUUUGAAGCUCUCCAGAGCUUUCUUUCUCAUUGCCGGAGCAGAUGGCGCCGUCAUCUUCGCCGUCUUCGCUUGGCUCCUGAUAAGAAGACGAUACAACGAUAGAAGAAAAAUCUUAGAGACCCAGUUGGUCUCCGAAGGCAGAGAGCUCCGUAUCGAGUACAGUUUCCUCCGGAAAGUCGCUGGAGUGCCGACCAAGUUCCGUUACAAAGAAAUCGAGGAAGCCACUGAUAGUUUCCAGGCUUUAGUUGGAAGAGGCGCAUCGGCUUCAGUCUUCCAAGGCAUCCUAAUUGAUGGUACCUCCAUUGCCGUGAAGAGAAUAGAAGGAGAAGAACGCGGGGAGAAGGAGUUCCGAUCUGAAGUAGCGGCCAUUGCUAGUGUUCAACAUGUCAAUCUUGUUCGCCUAAUCGGGUACUGUUGUGUUCAGGGAGGCCCUCGUUUUCUUGUCUAUGAAUUUAUCCGAAAUGGGUCAUUGGAUUCCUGGAUUUUCCCGAGAAAAGAAAGCGAGAAUCGUAAUCAACAACGUCGUCCCGGCGGUUGUUUGUCUUGGGGUCAGAGAUACAGAGUCGCCCUUGACGUGGCCAAAGCACUCUCUUAUCUCCACCACGAUUGCCGUUCAAGGAUUCUACACCUCGACGUGAAGCCCGAAAACAUUCUUCUGGACGAGAAUUACAGAGCGAUUGUUGCCGAUUUCGGGCUAUCAAAAUUAUUGGGAAAAGACGAGAGUAGAUGUAUAACAACAAUCAGAGGAACCAGAGGUUACUUAGCUCCAGAGUGGCUCCUUGAACAGGGUGUUUCCGAGAAAUGUGACAUCUACAGCUAUGGAAUGGUGCUUCUAGAGAUGAUCGGCGGCCGGAGAAAUGUGUGCUUGAUGAAGGAAAAACCAAGCAAGAAAUGGAAUUACUUUCCGAAGAUUGUGAAAGAGAAAUUGAGAGAAGGUAAGAUUUUGGAAGUGGUGGAUCAGAGGGUGAUUGUGGGUGGAGGCGUUGAUGAAAGGGAAGUGAAGAGAAUGGCUUGUGUUGGUUUAUGGUGUAUACAAGAGAGGGUUAGACUCAGACCAAGCAUGACUCGAGUGUUGGAGAUGCUUGAAGGUAGAGUGGCAGUGGAAGAGCCACCUGAUACAGAUAUGAUUGCGAUAGAUUUGUUGUCAAUUGAUGAAGAAGAAGCAGUAGAUGGUCAUCCUAACAGAGCAAGAGUUGCUCCCUUAAUGGUGGAAGGAGUCAACAGAGAAACUGUUCGGACCACUUCCAUAAAUUCCUUUGCCAUGUCUGAUAUCUCACCUCGGUAGCUUUCUUCUCUUGUGAACCAAAAAAAUAAUGUCACAGAAAGGCAUGAUUGCUAGCUUGAGUU